AUGGCUUACUCUGUACAAUAUCGAAAACGAGACUAUUUAAUUUGGACAUAUCAAAGAAUAGUCAGAACUUCCUCUCAAAUUGCAGAAAUCAAUAGUAAUAAUAAUAACAUUAUAUUUGUCGUUGAUGAUGUUCAACAUGCAAAAGGUUUACAACCUCUUUAUUGUAAUCUGCAUAGAAAGGGAAAAGUAGAAAAUGUAUAUACUCACGUAAUAGUUACUGGUCGUGGAAUAAAUGGCAGGGAAUUGAUAAAGUCCAAUUCAUUAUUGCCAGAUUGUGAUGUACCUGUAUAUGAUUUAGAGCUUCAAAAAGCCAAUGAAAAUACCUUCAUAUCAGUUGCUAAAGAUAUAAGUAAUGCGUUAUAUCAAAUUCAGCCGGAUGUCUUGAUUUAUAUAAAUGAUCCUAAAAAUGAAGCAAUACGCGGUGUUGAUACUGCAUUAGUUGCUGCUUCUCAAAAUAAUCAACCUAUUGCAAAAAUCGCAUUACCUAUAGAAGACGCGAAACAUAUGAUGUGGUUAACUGAACUAAAUAUUGAGGCUCUUAAAAUACAAGUCAUUACUCAAGAUCGUCCUCUAUCUCUAACACGCCUUAUGCGAUCUCUCAAUUCUUCUAUUUAUUUCGGUGACAAUGUACAACUUACUGUAAAUAUGGAUCGAAGUGCAGAUCCUGUUACUAUAAAAUACUGUCAAAAUUUUAAAUGGUCAUUUGGUAAAAUGGGCAUUAGAUUCCGUGUAAAGCAAGGAGGUUUGAUUACUGCCGUCGUAGAAUCUUAUUAUCCUACUACCAAUGAUGAUUACGCUGUAAUUUUAGAAGAUGAUAUAGAAGUUUCUCCAUACUACUAUAUAUGGUUAAAAUAUACAAUCUUAAAAUAUAGAUAUGGAACUGAUCGAAGUUUAGUCAGUAGAUUACUUGGAAUCAGUCUUUACGGUUCAAAACUCAAUGAAAUAAAUAGUACUACUGGUCGUAGACCUUAUGAACCUGCUGAAGUUUUAGAAAAUACUAAAUUUCCUAAUCAAUCUCCAUAUCUUAGUCAAAUACCUUGUAGUUGGGGUGCUUUGUUUUUCCCCGAAAUAUGGCGUGAAUUUCAUAUUUAUUUGAAUGCUAGAUUAACUGACCUUGAAGGUCCUAAAUUACAGACAGUAAUAGUUCCAGAAAGUAGAUCAAAUAUGUGGUCAAGAUCUUGGAAACGUUUCUUUAUAGAGCUUGCAUACCUUCGUGGUUAUGUGAUGCUUUAUCCUAAUUAUAAUAAUUCUAUUAGUUUUACAACUAAUUAUGCUGAAUUCGGUGUUCACUUUCGUAUCAAAGGAAAACAAAAAGAUUUAUGGCUCCUUCCAUUAAUGGAAGAAGAUAUUGUAUUGGAAGGACUACCUGACGGUCAUUUACCAAACUAUGAAGAUUUACCAAGUAUAGACCUUUGGGGAAAUCUUAUGACUCCACAAGAAUUAAUUCGAAUUGGACGUUCAUUUCACUCGGAAAUUUCAGCUUGUCCUCCCAACGAUUCUGAUGAACUCACUUAUGACCCCCAAGACUUAUUAUGUGAGUAG